AUGCAUACGGUGAUCUGGAUCCUGGCGGCGACGACGGCGCUGCUCCUCCCCGGGGAGGCGGGAGGCGGCCACAUCAUGGGGAGCUACCAGCGCCGCGGCAGCGCUCGCGGACUGGGGACCGUCCGCAACUUCGCCAAGCUGCGCCACAGGACUCACCGGUUCCUCCAGAAGCAGAUCGUGCCGUGAGGCUUGGUGGGAGGACGUGAGGCCCUCCUGAUUCGCUAUUCGUGCUGAUUUUCUGCAUUCGUUUCCCGUCGAAAUAAAAUGCUUU